CUUACCGAGAAACCGGAAAAAUACACUACACUAUAAUCCCAAUCACAUACAGGUAGAACAGAUAGUUGUAUAAUCCGCAUUCCGAACCUAGAUGUCUUCUCGCCUUCUUUAAAGAGUGAAGCUUCGUACUACAGCUUCGUAGAACAAAACCAUGAAGAACAGCACCGAGUACCCUAGCCCGAGUGCCAAGGUGACUCCUCAGGACCCGUUUGGAGGCGGUUCCAGCUCCAGCACCUUCGGAGGGAAUGCGAUGUCGAUCGGUGUCCCUGUGGUGGGGGCUCCGGUUGCAGGAGCACCGCAUCCAUUCCAAGCUCAGGCCUCUCAACUACACGACAAUUUCCAGCAACAGCGAUCGGCUUCUGCGAUGUUUUUUGUUUAAGGUGAGGACAGCUGGUAAAAUUUGGACAGCUGGUACUAUCAAGAGCUAAUAUGCUGUGGUGUGUAUUAGUCUGAAAAGUCAACCGCAUCCUCUAAUCCCUGCAGCCUUUAGUGUGGGAUAGACCAAGGGUUUUUAAUGAGUGUAGUACAGAUUGUUGGAUGGGCUGUGCUUGUCCGUGUGCUCCAGUAGAGGCGAUUUCGAAGUCUGUAGGUCUGCCAAAUGCCCAGACCUAUACGACCGCGAUCGCGGUGUUCGUUUUUCUGAGUUAAGGCUUGUUUUGUUGGGAAGGCACGUUUGUUUGAGUUUGAUAAGUAUCUGGGUCAAGUCGCUCGAUGUCUUUUUCAUAUGGGUGGAAGCAAAGCGUGAGGACUUCUAAGAUAUAAUGAUAGAACUCAAGUAGAUGAUGUCGAUGCUAGAGUCCCAAAGCCGUAUUGCAUGUCCCAGAAGUUCCUUCUAAUCACCGUGGGUGUUCGACAUGCUGCGUGCGAUAUCCGACGUUUUCAUCGGCAGUACUGGGCUCUUCUUGCUGUUUGCGGUGCUAACCAUGUUGAUGCAGAGUGUACUGACUGUGAUCCUGAUACGCUGGAAGUCGAUCAUCGGACAAAAGAUAAACGUCGGCACAGACUCUGACCCAAUGGAGGACUUUGUAUGUUUCUGGUGCUGCCCCUGUCACCACAUACCUGCUGUGGAGAGAACGGUCGUUCUGUUCUUGGCGCGGAACAGUCCAAACAAUUUUCAGCAGUUUAAUCCUGGAUCGCCUGCUGGUGCGCCUACGAUGAUGAUGUCGACGUCAGCGAUAGGAGUGUCCUCUUCGUCGAGUACUACUACUAGGGGAACUCAAGACUCUACACCAAGUACAAAUAAUAUGGGUACGUCAAUGACAUCCAUGACCCCUAUGACCGCUCAACCUCAAAAUAACUUUGGGAGUCCUCAUGUAACAGAAGGAGGGGAUAAGAUGAUAACAUCGGGAGAGGUGAGGGCGUAACUUGGGAGCAUGCGGCUUUGAUGAGAAAACUCGCAUAUUGAACAUGCAACUGCUCGCACACAAGAAAUGCUCUACACUUGUAGAUACUUACGCACGUGAUGUAUAGUUGUGAACGCGCCUGCUCUCUACCUUUUACUUUUAGUACACUAUGUGAAUCCCAACAUCUUAUCCUGCACCAGAU